UUCAAUAUCAAUACCAAUUAGAUAUUUGAAUUGGAAAGUUCAAGCUUCUUGGUCGUAACUAACUUAACCUGUACGGUGAAAAUGAUUCAAAACAUCGUAUUUCAUUUGUGUUUAUGUGUUUUGAUCGUGAAUAGUGAUGAAGUAAAAACAAUAAAAACCAAAUCCGGGCCGAUAAGAGGAAAAUUGCAAAGGACCAUUUGGUACGAUAAACCGUAUUACUCUUUCAAAGGAAUACCGUACGCGAAACCACCCAUCGGUGACUUGAGAUUCAAGGCCCCAGAGCCGAUAGAACCAUGGAAUGAAACAAAAAAUGCCUACGAAUAUGCUCCGUGGUGCGCCCAAAGAUCACGAAGACGAACUAGCGAAGAUUGUCUCUAUUUAAACGUCUUCGUCCCAGACCUCAGCAGCGAAACUAACGUCAGUUGUUUUAGUAGCUUUACGAAAAUGUUUAAAAGAAAAAAAUUGCCGGUAAUGCUCUAUGUGCAUGGUGGAUGGUAUGCGAUCGGCUCUGCUGACGAUACCUUCCAAGGGCCGGAUUUCAUGAUAGAGCACAAAGUAAUCGUUGUGACGGCAAACUAUCGACUUGGUAUAUUCGGGUUUAUGUCGUUGGGUACACCAGAAUAUUCGGGAAACAUGGGAUUAAAAGACCAACAGCUUUACAUGAAAUGGGUGUAUGAGAAUAUCGAAGCAUUUGGUGGAGACAAGAAUCGAAUCACAAUGAUGGGCCUUAGUGCUGGUGGUAGUGCUCUAGGGUUUCACAUGCUGAAUAAAGAAUCGUCAAAAUAUUUCAACCAAAUGAUUUGCUUGGGAGGAACGCCCAAUCGAUAUCACACGUAUCAAACCGGCGACCAUCGAUGUCUGAUGGAGUAUUUGUUUCGUAGAUGGUCUGGUGGUGGAGGUAAUCCUAGCAAUGAAGAAUUGGAAAGAUGGGUUAAAACAGCAGAUGUCAAUAUAAUUCGAAAUUAUCUGCAAGAAACGUUCUCUAAGAAGUAUUCGCCUUGGAAUGCCAUGAUUGAAAAGCCAAAUGCAAUACGCCCAAUUAUUACUGAGGAUCCAAUGACUGCAAUCGGAAAAUUGAAAAGUCUCAACAAACCCGCAUACUAUACUACUACAAAAUAUGAAUAUUUGUCACCAUUUAUCAUCGGCAGAACGAACUAUUCCGAACCAAGAGCGGUGCGUGAAUUUGUAAAUAAGUUUGAUAUUGAUUUGCCAAUUUUUGGAUUAAAAUCAAUACUUGAUCAGAGACCAGAGUAUUUAAACGACGUUCUCAUAAAGAUGCAUCGCUUUUACUUCAACGUCACAGCAUCCACCACCGACCAAGAGCUACUACGGCAACGUAUCGUACUGGACUCAGACCUCUAUUUUGUAUAUGACAACGAUAAAUGGAUAGAAAAGCAUGCAGCUAUUUCAAAAAAAGAUAUCUAUUAUCACCGAUUUUCAGCUCAAACUAUGAUCAAUCCACAUCCAGAGUAUCCCGGGACCGGUCACGCUGAUGAAGUCGUAUUCUUUUUAAGAUCUCAAGAGCUGAAAGAUUUUCCAACCAAGGUAAAAGAUAAUAUGCACAUUGACGCGGCCAGCAAACUAGCUUUUGAUCAAAUGAAUGUGAUGCAAAAAUUAUUUUCGAAUUUCAUAAAAUAUGGAAAACCGGUACAUAAUAAUGAUGUGAUGAAACAAAAAUUUAAACCAAUCAGACGUUUAAGCAAAUCGAUCGAAUUUAAUUUUGUCGAUGUUACAAAUGACGGUUUAAUCCCAGGCAAGGGACCAUCUGAUGAUAGAAUCAAGUUUUUGGAUGGUAUUAUCGAAGAAGUGAAACGAUUGGUUUCAGAACAUGGCGACAUACCUGCAGAAACACCAAUUCAACAACGUUGUGAUGCCAUGGAAAGCGGACAGAAAAUUUAUACUACUACGACUCUUACCUUUGCAGGAUAGUAACAUAUACGUAUGUAUAUCAUUUUGGCAUCUUCGCCUCAAUCGUUUUUGAAAUUGACGCCUAGAUAAUAGAAUUUUAACCAGCAAGUGAAUUAAAUUGAAAUACAAACAAGAAAAAAACCAUAA